AUGUCGGUAUCACCCACCAGCCUCCUCCCAGCUAUCUCGGACUUCACGAGUCGGCAAGACAAGCCAGCGGAACGGCUAGGGUCUAGCUUCACCAGCGUUGCCUCGCGGCCUCUUCUCCCUCGGCUGCACCACUUGACGACUCCCGCGUUUCUGGGCGUGGUCACAACGCGAAAACAUGUCAAACGAGCUCGAACCAACGUCACCAUCGCGUGCGACGGGUGCAAACAAGCGCGGGCAAAGUGUGACGGCAAACGACCCUGCCAGAGGUGCAUGAGAAAAUCAGAAGGUUGCAAAUACGAUCAUGGACAAGACCGUCGUCAACAUCGGGGUUCCCAAGAAGCGAUACAAUCAUUGACGGCACGGCUCGUUCGGUACCAACGCUUCGUCUACUAUCUUCGCAAGUCUCCGCGUGGCGAUGCACACUGUUCCCUCCAGCGCUUGAGGUCCCCGUCUGGGGAGGAAGUGACCGAGGAGGACCAUAAAUCCCCUCCUGUGGCCGACGUCGACUCCACGGCAGCUGUGCAGGACCUGGUGGAAACCGAGCAGGAUUUGCUCACGGCCCCGGAUAUGCAGGAUCCCGCGGCGUUGGUCGCGUGGAUCAGGCAUGAUUUGGAUCUUCUUGCCCUCCAAGCGUCCCUGCCAAAAGAACACUCUUCGGGCCUGGAUGAGCGUGAGAUGCCCGAUCCGACUAUUGAUCCGACGAUUGACCCCCGAAUUGACAGGGCCGACUUUACUGUACAGAGGCUCUUGUGUUGA